AUGUUUGGACUAUCGCCUUGGUCGCCUAUUUGCUUUGGUUUGUCGUUGCAAGGUGUGUUUCUUUUUAAGCACCGGUCGCAGGCACUAUUCUCCCCAUUAGAUUUCACACAUCGACACUUAGAUACAAUACAUGACUGGCAAGCAGACUGGCACCUUGGUGCUCUCUUUCUUUUGAAACCCCCAUUUUCUUUUGUUUGUUCACUAGAUUCCAAAUUUUCUUUACCACAUAUAUCAGCCUUUAUAUGUCUAUUCAAAAGAUCCUUUCUUCCAAAACCUUUUCCACAAGUGUUACAAAUAAAUGGCUUCUCAUGCUUAUGUGAUCGUAUAUGA